AUGGGCAUCAGCAAUACAAUUCUGAGGCUCUGUGUUCUAGCUUCCGCUGGGCUGGCCUUUCAAAACUAUGACGGAGACUCUGCCUAUCAUGAAAAAGGGAAGCAACUUGAUCCUAAUCAAGCAGCUAAGGGUGACCCACGACCUCUUUCAAGCGCAGACAAAGGCCUGCUCACUUGUCGAUCCAUUGCGAUGGUCUAUGAAAAGGUGCUCCCCUUGAGGGAGGACGACGACGCCAAGAAAUUGAAUUGUGAAAGAAGAUGUGCUCUCGAGUAUUGGUUGGCGGUGUCGGUAAUUGAUCUAGCACAUGAGGAUCCUGUCGAAGACACUGCUGAGGAGGAAGGAGGUUCGGAAGAGCACUAUCGCCGAGGCGCUCGCGAGCCUUGUCUUGCCGAAGACGACCUGACUUGCGCUGAUUACACAUGGGAAGAGUUCGAUGUUGGUUUUUGGAGCCCGUCAAAAAGGACGGAGGUCGCAGGAGGUACAAGAAGCACACUGGCGGCUGAUCAGCGUCGUGCUACACAAGCUUGUGAACUUCUCAACAGGGCACGCGAGGUUUUGUCUGAGGAACCUGGAGUCGUGGACAAAGCCGGUAUCUCAGGUUCUGGUGUCAGUCCUGCGUUUCAUUCUGCAGGUACGCGUAUUGACCGGAUCCGUCGCGAUCGAACCAUCAAAAGAGUCAUCAAAUUGGCGAUCCAAGCUAUGAUGCAUCUUGUCUGCCUUUCCCCUCAUGUGGAUGAAUUUGACUUGCCUGUGGAUUCGCCUGUGGAUUCGCCUGUACUUGGAGCUAAAAAAGAGGCGCCUGCGACGACGAAGGUGUGUAUGUGCUAUCUCACGUUGUCUCCCGCCAAGGUCUAUGAAUCUUUCGAGGCUGCCAACAUAUUUUCUGGGGCAUCGAAAGAAACAAAAGCAACUGCGAGCCCGGAAUGGUACCUCAGAAUUCCUGUCACUGAUCAAGGACCUUCCUGCGAUCCACGGUCUGUUGGCCAGCGCCACACACUCACGCUUGAUGGGUGGCUAUUUCGCGAUGCCACUGUGCUCUACGACAAGAUUGACUGCCAUUCGUCCAAUCACCCCGACGUCAUGGCCCUGUCAGGAACCAUGGAGAAGCGCUCGAUUGGCUUCGGCUUUUUUGGCAAGACUCGCGGGCGCAAAGCUCGAUCGGCCCUCGAGCAGGCAGAGAUGCAGGCCAAGGUCGCCAUCAAAGGCAACAAAACACACGUUUGGGGUGAGGAAGGAAGCGCACGGAUAUCCUCUGAUUGCGCACAGAGCACGACGCCCGCCUUGUCAAGUCUCGCACCACCGCUGGCUUCCAUGCUCAACGAUCGAGAGAUGCUCGGCUCGAAGUUUGAGAUGAAUGCUGAAGCUUUGAACAAUGAAGCAUGUACUGCUGAGCAAACGCCAGUCCUGCCAGAGCUACCAGGACCCAUUUCGCCGCUCAGCGAUCCAGUGUUGCCGAUCCUCGAAGUGCCUGCAGCGCCUGCGUUGCAACAGACCAUUCGCAAGCAAUUUUCAUUUUGCCCGUCGACUCUGUCUGUUCGCGAAUCAAGCAUCCCUCCGCUUGUGAGCCUUCGCGAGCAAGCCGAGGCGCGACAAGGAUCCAUGCGUUCAUUAUCGACAUCGUCAAGCGGCCUCUACUCACCCUAUCCACGACACUCCGCUGCAGCUGCCUCAAAAUCAAACCCAUCGCUUGUUAAUCGAUCGCGCUCAUACGGGUCCAGUCGCAUUCUCUCCAUGAAUCAGCCAACACGACGAAGCAGUACCAGCCACAGUGUGCUGUCUGAUCAACAUGUUUCGAUUUACGGUGAUGAUGAAAGUGACUUUGAGCUGGAAGGCCCACGUUCGCCUCAUGGAUCAUUGCGCUACAGCCAUUCUCUCAUUUCACGCACAUCGCACGAGCGAACAGCUCUUGGAUCUCAGCUAGGAUCGACUCUGUCAUUAGAUGGUGGCAUGCCUGAACAAAUUUGCCUGGCACCUGUGCCAGAUGCACUUCGAACGACUCCGAUCACGGUCCCCGCAAAUCAAGCAUUUCGAACAGGCACAUUCGAUGCAGAUGAGUAUGAGCUUGGGGAUGAUGAUGACAUGUCUUCGGUCUCUGGCAUGAGUGUCUUUUCUUCACUGGGUGAUUCGGAAGAGCUUGUCACCUCGUCGCAACGUCAAUCGAGUCAAUUCGAUGGUGAGCCUGGACUCACUGCAGACUUGCAUCCAGGACUUCGCAGAGCAAGUGUCAAGAGAUCCAUGCGUGUGAGCUAUCAGGAAAGUGGCGAUGGCGGCUACAUUGUUGAACGCCGGCAUCGUCGCAAAUCCUCAAUCCCUGUUACAAACAAUACUGCCCUGCCGUCCAUCUCAAUUGGGCCUGUCGAUGACCGCAGGGAUUCUGAUGAUUUUGGGGCCUCGCCCCAAUCACCUAUUGACCCAGCCGAGGAGGCCUGGGCGAGCAAAGUGCAGAACAUCGCCACAGUUCUGGCUGGCUCGCCAAGUCAGAUAAUGAGCGAUGCUGCAGCGGUGGUAGAAGAAGGUGAUUGGGUUGUUGAACGAGAGUAUGUUCCAAGCGGCGGGAUAUAG